UUCCCACUCAUUUCGCCCCUUCUCUCUCUUUCCAUUCAUCAUCAUUUCUUUCCUCAAAAAAACCAUUUUUUCCCAGAAUACUCCUAACACUUUAUGCUAAUUUCACACUCAUUUGAGAUUUUAAGCAUUUACAUUGCCCAAUUUUUCUUAUUGUAUUUUGUUUCGAUUUUCAAUAUUUGAUAUUGGAGAUUUUGAUGAGAGGCCGAAAUAGAAAGUAUAUCUAUUAUCUAUGGAGAUUUUGAUGCAACUUGAGAUUUGUUGUUGGCUGUUUCAUUACAAUUUUUCUCAGAUGGAAUGGCAGAUCCUGCUAGUAAUGGGGGUCUUGAACGAGAUAUUGAACAAGCACUCUUUACUUUGAAGAAAGGAACUCAGUUAAUAAAGUACAGCCGAAAAGCCAAGCCAAAAGUUUGCCCUUUCAGACUCUCCUUGGAUGAAACAACACUGAUUUGGAUUUCUCAUAAAAGGGAAAGGACACUGAAACUAUCUUCAAUUUCACGUAUUAUACCUGGACAAAGAACUGCUGUAUUUAGAAGAUAUUUGCAACCAGAAAAGGAUUAUCUUUCAUUUUCACUUGUUUAUAAUAACGGAGAGCGGACACUUGAUCUGAUAUGCAAGGACAAAGCUGAGGCAGAGGUAUGGUUUGCAGGGCUUAAAGAAUUAGUUUCCACUGGAAGACAUAAUAGGCUUACUAGAAGUGAAUUAUCAAAUAGUGGUAUUGAUUUUAUUCCAAAUGAUCACCCUUUCGGUGUAGCAUUAGAGUUUGCAACAAGCAUUAACCGUGGUAGUGGUAGGGUCUCGACUGAUUCAGCUUCAUCGUGUGGGACAAAUCCAAAUGUAGGGUUAGAUCAUACAAAUAUGCAACCAAGGACAAGUAUUGGAGAUGGUUUUCGGGUUAGUGUGUCAAGUACACCUAGCUGUUCAAGUGUAGGAUCAGGACCCGAUGACAUAGAGUCACUAGGAGAUGUUUAUAUAUGGGGAGAAGUUUGGGCUGAUGGUGUUUCAUCUGAUGGAAGUGUCACUCAAUUCCCUUCCACCACAGAUGUAUUGGUUCCUAAGCCUUUAGAGUCGAGUGUCGUUCUCGAUGUUCAACAAAUUGCAUCCGGUGUGCGUCACAUGGCUUUAGUUACUAGGCAAGGAGAAGUUUUCACUUGGGGAGAGGAGUCCGGUGGCAGACUCGGUCAUGGAAUGGAUAAAGACUUCGGCCGGCCUCAACUUGUCGAGUUUCUAGCAGUUACUAAUGUGGAGAGUGUUGCGUGCGGAGAGAAUCAUACGUGUGCCGUAUCGAUAUCAGAUGAUCUUUUCUCAUGGGGUGAUGGUAGAUAUAAUGUAGGACUUCUUGGACACGGUACAGAUGUUAGUCAUUGGAUACCCAAGAGGGUUAGUGGUCCUUUGGAAGGACUUCAAGUUACAUCUAUUGCAUGUGGUACAUGGCAUUCAGCAUUGGCAACUUCUAAUGGAAAACUUUUUACAUUUGGUGAUGGAACAUUUGGUGUGUUAGGUCAUGGAAAUAGAGAGAGUGUUUCAUAUCCAAAAGAGGUACAAUUGUUAAGUGGAUUGAAGACUAUUAAGGUUGCAUGUGGAGUAUGGCAUACUGCAGCUAUUGUAGAGGUUACUUUUCAAUCCGGUUCAAAUGUUUCAUCUAGAAAGCUCUUCACUUGGGGAGACGGUGAUAAAUAUCGGUUAGGACACGGAAACAAGGAAACAUAUCUUCAACCUACUUGUGUAUCGGCAUUGAUUGAAUAUAAUUUCCACCAAAUUGCAUGUGGACACACUAUGACUGUUGCUUUAACUACUUCCGGACAUUUAUUUACUAUGGGAGGCGCCGAAAACGGUCAACUAGGAAAUUCGUUAUCCGACGGAAAAAUACCUGUACUAGUACAGGGCAAGUUGGUGGAUGAAUUUGUUGAGGAAAUAUCAUGUGGAGCUCAUCAUAUUGCUGCUUUGACAUCAAGGAGUGAAUUGUUUACUUGGGGUAAAGGUGCAAAUGGAAGAUUAGGACAUGGAGAUAUAGAUGAUAGAAAAACACCAACAUUGGUAGAAGCCUUGAAAGAAAGGCAUGUCAAAAAUAUUUCUUGUGGCUCAAGCUUUACUUCUUGCAUAUGUAUUCAUAAGUGGGUUUCUGGAGUUGACCAAUCCGCUUGCACCGGUUGUCGACAGCCGUUUGGUUUUACUAGAAAAAGGCAUAAUUGUUAUAAUUGCGGAUUAGUCCAUUGUCAUGGUUGUAGUUCAAGAAAAGUUAUGAAAGCGGCAUUGGCUCCGACACCAGGAAAGCCUCACCGUGUAUGUGAUUCUUGCUACACUAAACUUAAAGCUGUUGAGGCAAAUGCAGGUUCCCAUCUUAUUAGAAAAGUUACGACGCAAGCUCGCAGUUCUAUCGAUGCAAGGGAAAGAUUAUUCGGCCAAGGAGAAAUAAGGUCUACAAAAAUUCUUUUUCCGCCUUUCUCAGAACCUCUAAAAUAUCUCGAAAUGAGAACUAAUAUGCUUGGAAACAUGCUACCAACUUCACAAAUUCCAUCAAUAACACAAAUGAAAGACAUUUCAUUUCCAAGUUCAACAAGCUCAAUUCAAAAUGGUCUGAAGCCUGCUAUAUCUCCAACUCCACCAUCAACUCCACCACUCAAUUCAAGAUCAGUAUCUCCAUAUGCAAGAAGGCCAAGUCCACCGCGUUCUAACAGUCCGGGUUUUUCAAGAAGUCUUAUUGAUAGUUUGAAGAAAACAAAUGAGCUUUUGAACCAAGAAGUCUCAAAAUUGCAGAACCAAAAUCGAAUUUUGAAGCAGAGAAGUAACAUGGAAAUUCAAAAGCUACAGAAAAAUAUUCAGGAUGUCGCCUCAUUGGCUGCAGAAGAAUCUUCUAAACAUAAAGCAUCCAAAGAAUAUUUUGAGACCAUGAUAGUUCAGUUGAAGGAAAUGUCUGAGCAAUUGCCACCAGAAGUUUUAGAGGGUGAAAAAUUCAGAAACAUGGUUACUGAAGCUGAAAAUUUUCUACAACAAAAUUCAAAAUCUGAAACAUCAAUUAUACCAUCCAACUUGGACUCUGAGCAACAAAGUGAAGCUGUUUCAAACAAAGGUUCUUGUAAAUUGAAUGAACAAAUAAUAGAAGAAAAUAAUAAUGAUUCUGCAGCAGCAGUUAACUCAUCCCAAGAUAUAGGAAAUGUAAUUCAAGAAAGCAAUCCAUCUUCUUCAUCCAAUACUGAAGCAACGGCGGCGGCGCCACAAAGCUCCGAAAAUGAUUUGAGAUCAUCUCACCCUUCAGGAUCAGGGAGAGAAGGAGAAGCACAAAUUAUUGAACAGUUUGAACCUGGUGUUUAUGUGACACUAGUAGUAAAGCCUAGUGGGAUCAGAAGUUUCAAACGUGUUAGAUUCAGUAAACGAAGGUUCCAUGAACAUCAAGCCGAAGAGUGGUGGAACAGAAACAAAGAUAGGGUGCUUGAGAGAUAUAGUCACCUAGCAAAAAAUCCUGAUGGUAUAGGGUCAUCUAGCAGUACUCCGCUGCCGCCGCCACCAGCAGCAGCAGCUGAAGAAAACAAUGAGGCAGAACCUUCAGAAACUUAAAUCAUAGGCAUAUGUUCAUGUUAGUUAAUUUGAUGAAAUGAUAAGAAGUAUAGAAUCAUUGUUUAAUUUAACAAAGUGAAGUAAAAGUUGUAUCAAGGCACAUCAUGUUCAAGAAGCAUUCUACAACACAACAUGGAUAUUGAAUCAUGUAUUCAGUGAGGAUAGAAAUAGUAGUACAAAUGACAUAAUACUAGAUAUAGUAGGGAAAUUAAUGUGUACUUUUUUUAAAAUCAUAGAGCCUUUUAGUUUUUUUUUUUAACCAACAUAGAGCCGUGUAGUUUAUAACAAUGUUAUCAAAGUUUAUCAGUUUAGAGAAGAAAGAGUUUUUACUGAAUAAUACUUCAUCAUAUUUUGAAGAA